UACAUCUCCCGGCAGGCCACGGGAGGAAGGGUGUCAGAGACCGGGGAAGCGGCUCUGGGCUGCUCCGGAUUUCCCAGAGUCAGGUAGCUCUUAGAGGAGGAUGGCGCUGUCGCGGGGAGCCAGCGCCCCGGACCCCGACGACGAUGUCCGGCCUCUCAAGCCGUGUCUGCUGCGCCGCAACCACAGCCGCGAUCAGCACGGCGUGGCGGCCUCCUCCCUCGAGGAGCUGAGGAGCAAAGCUUGCGAAAUACUGGCCAUUGAUAAGUCCCUGACACCAGUCACCCUGGUCCUGGCAGAGGACGGUACAAUAGUGGACGAUGAUGACUACUUCCUUUGUCUGCCUCCUAAUACCAAGUUUGUGGCGUUGGCUGGUAACGAGAAGUGGACAUACAACAAUUCAGAUGGAGGAACAGCCUGGGUUUCCCAAGAGUCCUUCGACGUUGACGAAACAGACAGCGGGCCAGGGGUCAAGUGGAAGAACGUGGCCAGGCAGCUGAAAGAGGAUCUGUCCAGCAUCAUCUUGCUGUCAGAAGAGGACCUCCAAGUACUCAUCGACAUCCCAUGUUCAGAGCUGGCUCAGGAACUUUGCCAAAGCUGUGCCGCUGUCCAGGGGCUCCAGAACACACUCCAGCAGGUGCUUGACCAGAGAGAGGAGGCCCGCCAGUCCAAGCAGCUCCUGGAACUCUACCUCCGGGCCUUGGACAAGGAAGGCAACAUCUUGUCCAACCAGGAAGAGUCCAAAGCUGCCCUCGCUGAAGACGCGGUUGACACGGGCGUCGGCAAAGAGACGGCUUCUGGGAUAGCACUUACAAGCCAGAUCCUCACUGCACUGAAGGAGAGGCCUGCCCCAGAGCUGAGUUUCUCUAGUCAGGAUUUGGAGCUGGUCUCCAGGGAGGACCCCCAAGCCCUGGCUGUCGCUUUGAGCUGGGACAUAAAGAAGGCAGAAGCAGUCCAGCAGGCCUGCACCACGGAGCUCGCCCUGCGCCUGCAGCAAAUGCAGAGCUUGCAUUCACUCAGGAAUCUUUCGGUGAGGAAGAAUCCCCUGCCCGAGGAACAGCAGAGUCCCAAACGAGCCAGACAAGACCCCGAGUAGCUCCACCGGAAGCACGCUUUGCUGAGGAGAACGCUGGGUUUUGUCGUCAGUGAACAACUUCCCCUUAUCAUUUUACUGCCUACAUUCUGCUCUACCUCCUGCCUUCCAGGAUGCUCUUCUAGCAGAGGUGGCUUAUACCCCUCCAGAAAAGCUGUUUCAGUCUGUACACAUGCCCUCUACCUCCUUUUCAUGUACUUAGAGUCUCAUUUUUGUUUCCUGUAUGAGUGUUUGCCUGAAUGUAUGUCUGCACCACAUGGGUGCCUCGAGCCCACGAAAGCCAGAAGCGUGGGUCAGAUCCCCUGGAACUGGAUUACAGACUCUGGGUGCUCUGGAAGAGCAGCCACUGCUCUUAGCCACUGAGGCAGCUCUCCAGCUCCCAGAGUAUACUUACUGUACAUGAGGCCUUAGGUUCCAAGUGAAGUACUUGUUAAAGACUGUGAAAAUCUGUCAUACUUUGGACUCAAUGUCCUUAUUCUACAACUUGAACAGUAGAGUUUUAGACGCAGACAAUGGAAAAGAAAAGGCUAACAGCGGUGAUCGUGGCCAUGAACUUACAUCCCGAGUUAAUGAAUGUGGUUGUUUGUUUAAAGGCAUAUACUGAAUCUGCAGACCCCAGGGACAUGGAGUCUCCUCCACCAUCUCUAACAUCUGACUCAGCGCUGUGACGCUGUUGCCACUCUGAAACUCUGUUCCUUUUCUAAUAUGCUUUGCCAGCAGGGGGUAGCAAGUGUCGUUAAGUGAUUCUCAUGCUCUGUGGCUCCAGUUCUCUGUGCGGAGCAGAGCGCUUCUGGCUUUUCUCUCCCAUAUCUGCUCAGACUUCUGCAACCUCUGCAAUCUACAGUGCUGUCUGCUUUCAGGGAAAGGACGCUCAGUUAUGGAUCAUUUGACUUAGUGUAUGCUGAGAAGAAAACAGUGCUGUUGAGAGAUGCAUGCCCAGUUGCUUUUCAUUGUGUGCGUAGGUUCUGGAUGCUGGGGAUUGAACUAGGGCCUCAUAUAUGCUGAGCACAUGCCCCCUAUGAACCACUCCCCAUUGGCCAGUUUAAACAAAGGAAUGCAGCAUUAAGUCUUGCGGGGGGGGGUGCAGAAAACAGAUAAAGAGAAUUGUUUCCUCGCCCAAAGCAGGAGUCAUGUCUGUCAGCAGCUUUUACAUCUCGUAGUGCCUCCACGUCAGUUCCUGUGUCAGGGUCACCGGUUCCUCUGCGCCUUUGUGAUGCCGCUCAGUCCUUAAAUAAAGCCACCGCUGGUGAUGCCA